AGUCGUACACAACACAUAUCACCGAAGCCAACCGUAGCGCCGCCAUUCUUCUUCACCCUCCUCCGCCGAACCGAACCGCAGCGCCGCCCUUCCACUCCUUUUUCCUGCUCUCUCCUCCGUCACUAUCUGCUUCGUUCUUCGUUGUGUCCUUCUUCUUCACCAGUCUCAUAGCUUCAAAUAUUGCUAGCAAUAGCUUGGUGUUUCUAAGGAAGAUAUUUGUUCAUUUUAAGUGGACUGAGAGUUUUGAUUUUUGAAGACUUGUAAGAUGUUGGCCGGCGAUCCUGCAAAAAGGAUAUCAUUUAAUCGAUGUAUUAGGAAUGGUGAUUUGGUUAUUGUUUAUGAAAGGCAUGAUAGCAUGAAGGCUGUAACAGUUGCUGAAGGAUCAGUGCUGCAGAAUCGAUUUGGCGUUUUCAAAUAUUCGGACUGGAUAGGGAAGCCAUUUGGGUCAAAAGUAUUCAGCAACAAGGGUGGUUUUGUGUACUUGUUAGCUCCUACGCCAGAACUAUGGACUCUUGUUUUAAGCCACAGGACUCAGAUUCUAUAUAUUGCAGACAUUAGCUUUGUUGUCAUGUACUUGGAGAUUGUUCCUGGUUGUUUGGUUCUUGAAUCUGGAACUGGAAGUGGUUCUUUAACUACUUCACUUGCAAGGGCAGUAGCUCCUGCAGGACAUGUGCAUACAUUUGAUUUCCACGAGCAAAGGGCUGCAUCAGCUAGGGAUGAUUUUCAGAGGACUGGUCUAAGCAACUUAGUCAGGGUGGGAGUGAGGGACAUUCAGGGUCAGGGAUUUCCUGAUGAUUUUGCUGGCUUGGCUGAUGCAGUUUUUUUAGAUCUACCCCAGCCUUGGCUAGCUAUUCCUUCAGCUGCCAAAAUGUUAAAACAAGAUGGCACGCUUUGCUCGUUCUCCCCAUGUAUUGAACAAGUACAACGAUCAUGUGAAACACUUAGAACCAGCUUCACUGAUAUAAGGACUUUUGAGGUGCUCCUACGCACAUAUGAAGUUGGAGAAGGGAAAAUGGAAAGAUUACAGGAGAAUGGGAAAGGCUCUAAUGGUUCACUUCCUUGUAAGAGGAGGCAGUGUUCAGAUGGAGGCUAUGUGCUCAGCAGUAAUAUUUCUUCUGUUGUAGCUAAACCUUGCGGUGAAGCUAGAGGUCACACAGGCUAUUUGACAUUUGCAAGGCUUAAAUGUCUCUCAUGAGUGUUAUCAUGUCCAUUUGGAUUUUUGUAGGAGAGAAAAUACUGUAUUUUUAUGAUCUAUUCAAUUUGAACAUCAUAAACAGUGUUCGGGAGCAGAUAUUUGAAGCUAGAUUUCUGAGCAAAUCCAAUUCUCCAAACCAGUGUAGUCUUCAGCAGGAAAGAAAUGGAUUUCUUCUGAAGUGCUUUCUUGUUA